CGCAUGCGCGAGUCCAAUGCGGAAGUGUACCUGCACGUUUGUUUGUUACUGCAUGUUAUUUUUGUUUGUAAUUUUCUGUUCGACGGAAUAUUCCGUUCACAUGAGACCCCACUAAAGGAGGGUGAUAAGAAGAUAUAAAAUGCCAGUUCGGAGCACUGUGACGGGUGGACUGACCAACAGUAACGUGAGAUACUCCAAACUAGCCAGUGAUGAUGAUGGCUACAUUGACCUUCAGUUCAAGAAAAGCCCACCCAAGGUUCCAUAUAAGGCAAUCGCCCUAGCGGCUGUUCUUUUUCUCUCUGGCUCAGUUUUAAUCACCAUUGGCUCAUUGCUCUUGGCGGGAUACUUUGAAGUUCAAGAUCAUCGUGAGCGCACUAUACCAGUCCUCAUCAUUGGAAUUCUCGUCUUCGUCCCAGGAUUCUACCACUUGCGGAUUGCUUACUAUGCCUAUAAAGGUUACCGUGGAUACUCUUAUGAUGACAUUCCAGACUUUGAUGAUUGAGUAACUCAGGACAAUUUACCGGUGUUCACAACUAGUCCCUGGUCUCCUCCUGUAUCUCCAGACAUUGGUUCUGUCUAGAGAGGCUGGCGCUUAUGCUACAUGAAAUUUUUCAUAUCACAUUAGAAAAAGUCUGAUAGCAUGAGGCUUAUGAAUCCAACAUUCUGUAUGGAUUUAGAUUCCAUAUUUUAGAAAUGGAAAAAUUUAGCAUUUGUGAUGCUAUGCUGACAUGUAGUUGGCUUUAGUGAUGAUUGAAAAUAAGGCAGGUGGAAGUAAGCUAUUUGAAAUGUAUAGAUAUUUGUUUGGUCAACUUUUUAUUAUUGUGUUUGACGUGCUACUACUAGGGAUGGGAAUAACUAGGGAACACCCUGUAUGGUAUAGCCAAAGCAGUUUGUAUUGUGAUCCUGUUAAUAUCGUGAUUUUAUAACUAUGCAUAUUCUGUAUUAUUUAUCAGAUUUUGUUAAAACUCUAAGGAAACUUAAUAAAUAAACUUAAAUUAUUUGCUCCAACCAUACAGGAUGCUGUGCUGGUUGCCAAUAUAUGAAUCGUUCAGAGCAUGUGGUUAUAGAGAACUGCAACAUAUUACUACCUUAAAUGCAAACAUAUAUAAAUGUAAAAUAUCUUUAUAAAAAGGAGUGUGGCGAUACAUGAAUCAUGAAAAAAAAUCAUGAUAUGCAACUAAAACUAACUUUUCCCUAUCUUCUGAGGUUUUUGUGGUGAAUAGAAUCUGGUCAUAAUCCCUGGGUCAAAAUAAAGCUCUGUUAGAUGAGUUUGAUUUAAAAUCAAUUGAAUAGCAAUUUAUAAUGAC